AUGAUGCCCCGCUCGCCAUUUCCCUGCAGUAUCCAAUGCCACCCCGAGGUGUGUCGUGCUCGGCGUCUGUCAGUCGCGUGGUCGUGGAGGUUACUCGUCGUCGACGUCGCGGUGACGGCCCAGGACCUUGCGCUUGAACUCGUCGUGGUCAUUGUCCCACAGCUCGGCGGCUUCGCCGUUGAGGGGCGAGGCACUGCGCGCGUAGGGGUUAGCAGAGACGUCCGGGCCGGCCGAGAGACAGGGCCUUACUUGUUGGGCUCGCCCAGAAGACUCUGA